UUUGAGAAAAAUUUGUAUGCGAUAUAAAAUUUCUCAUCACUCUUUCUUGCGACUCUUUUCUUCUCUACUUUUCUGCGAGUGACGAACGUUUUUUGAUAUUUUAUACGAUGAAAUAAAUCUCGGAGCGUUUAAAACUUCUAACAAUGGGAAUAUUUUUUUGUUUCUAAUUUUCUUUUUUCGGCGCAGCAUACGACUCGUGAUUUGUUCGCGGAUGAUAAAAGAGUUUCGGUUCUCAUUCGGGAUAAGUAUAAGCCUAAUAUACGCUUCGAAAAGUUUUUCGUGCGCCUUCGGUUCAAGUUGGAGAAUAUUUUUGACGCGAAAACACCAUAGAUUCAUUUAACAGCCCGUUACACCGAAUUCAAAUAAUCAGACCGCGUUUUAAAUCGGGCGAAGAAAGUAAUCGAGUUAUCCGAUUCGGUCGAACUAUUCGAAUGAAUUGAUACGAAAUGCUUUUAUUCCAGAAACGAACUUUCUAUCAAUUAUACAUACAUAUAGGUGUACGGAUACUAAUGGAGAACAAAGUACAGCUGUACGAAAAAUAAAAAGACCGAACAAUGUUUCUGGAAUGGAAAAAAGUUCUAUCGCAGUUACAAGGUUGUCGCGGUAUUGAAACUGUCGUAAUUUAAUUUGAAUUCGAUUACGGAAACCGGAAAAAUAAAAAAAAAAAAAAACGAUAAUUCGAUAAUCGAGAGCGUACGUAGAGGACGUGUAUCGCGUACGUACGUAUGUAUAUUAUAAAUAUCGAGCGACUAAAAAUUGUAUAAGGUGAUCGCAUUGUGGAGUUUUCAAACUUUUUUACUCACGUCAGAUCACUUUUCAUAACUCAAUUUACUGGCAAAGCUUUUUAUCUAACUAUCCCGAGGAUAACGUAAUCGCGAUGAGAAACGAGGAUGAAUCAGGUACACAAGACCGUUGUAAGAAUUACGCGUAGCUACAGCCGCGCGUAGAAAGGAUAACGAGCCAAUUACAGAAGCUGCCGUUGGUUUCACGGAUAAAUAUUCCGCCAUUGAAAUGCCGGCGCUGAAGAAAAAUAUAAUAAGCUUGAAAAGAAAAUUCAAGUUUGAUUAUCUUUCUCGGACGCCGUAAUUUCCCAACGACUCAUUUUUGUUACUCUUCUGAGCGUGAAACGUACGCGUGACGUAGUCAGCGAUGCAUCGAAAAUGCGAAGGGUCGAGGUACUUUUCGCAGACUUCGGAACGCUGGCGCUGCGACCGUCGAACGAUAAAAUAUAAAGGGAAGACUUACAAUCGGAGGAAGAGAGAGACGCGAGACUGCAUUUCGUUUUCCAUCCCACACGCGCCACGUACAGCAGGAGUAAUGGCAUUUGCACCGACUCAAUUUCCCCCAUUCAACCUCCGUCCUUCGCGGAGAGGGUGCACCUACCCGUAACGUAACGUUUGCUCGUCCGCGCCUCGCCAGGUGAUUCCAGAGCUCGAGAUCGGCGAUGAUCCACCGAAACUUGUCAUCUCAACUUCGAGCUUUCAAUUAGCGUCAAGUAGGUCGAAAUAGCCGACGAAUGCCGAAUUAACCACGGCGAAAUUCCCCUCUAGUUUGGACGGCAACGAACGGAAUAUUACUCUUGAAAUAAUCACGCGAUCGAAUUCCUCGCCAAACGAAUUUCCGUGUUCCAACGAAUAUCGUAGGGCGUUUUUUUAUCAGAGGUGCGUCAUUCGCGGAAAAGCAAAAGCUGUCUGCGGAAUAUCCACGUAAUUUCCGUUCUGAAAUUUAUGACGACCCCGACCUUCUUGAUUUGCGAGCUCAAAGUCGCCGCAGAUCUGCCGUGGCUACUGCGGGUACGAUUCGGUCACGAGUCGUCAAUUUCCUUCCUUCCUCUCGAAGAGCCUCGAAAAUGUACAGCUUUCGUAUCGAACGGUUACCGACUCGGCUGCACGACGCUACGCAAUCGAGUACGCAAAAUUUAGAAAUACAAGACGGUACGCACGCUGGUAUCGGAAAAUAAAUCAGUUGCGCUCCGAUCACCCAGAAGAUUUCGAAAAAAAAAAAAAAAAGACCACGUUAAAAUAAACUUUGAGAAUUUCAGGAACCGAGAAAUUCUAAUUAAAUCAAUUCCACCGCCGCUCUCGCUACCAAAAGUUCGUAUAACCGAAGCAAUGGUGUUUUUCAAGUCUUCCUGAUCGAAAUCGAUCGAGUGUAAUCUUGCCGAAUUACUCUCGAACAAAUUUAGCGAUCGAAAAAACAAUCCCAUCUGAAUUUAUGAAUCGACGAAAACGUGACGCAAGAGCACGGAAUAGAUUUCUUCCACUUUCACCACUGCGUUUGUAUAAUUCAUAUAUCUGGUGAACCACGUCGACCCAGUGAGAGAUUCGAUAAUUAAAUAAUAGGGGUACAAAAGAGGAAAAGAGAAGAAAAAAAAAAAAAAAAAAUACCAAACUCCCUCACGGAGCGACGCUAAAAAGUAAUUGGAAGCGGAGCAAUGUCAAAUUCUUCCACCUGUCGCGACGCUUUUCAGGGGCUCGUCCCCGGAACUCCUUGGAUAAAAUGUGGCUAGGGUCGACGGUCGCUUGUACUAAAAGUUUUGUGAGUUUAAUACUUGCGAACAUUAUUGCGGUUUGGCGGACGAUAAAUAUUCGCGUCGGUCGAUUCGUAUUCAUUUUAAGAUGGGCCACAGGGGUAUUCGCGGGGAUGGGAGACGAUAGCGAAUGUUCAGGGAUCGCUUAUUUCGACGACACUCUUUCCACUUCGACGAGGUCCCCACGGGCAGGAGAUUUUCAGGGAUAAAGGACUUAGUAGGGUCGGAGAAUUGUGAGUUCCUUUUUUUUGUCUCUGUCCUCCGCUUGGUCGAACCUCGAAAUGUAAACCUCCGUGCGUAUUAUACGUGUGUCGUAUAUUCGGUUAUGUGGGACUUUCACACGCGGAAUCGACCGUGCCCAUUUCGAGAGAAAAUACUUCGGAAUCAUCCGCGUUGGUGUUUUCGAAUUAUGUUUCGCGCAAGAUUGAAUAUUCCCUCUCCUUCGACGGAAUAUCGCAAAGAAACUCUCGAGUUCGACGAAAGCUCGGGUAAAUCAACGUCCGUUGCACCCGGGGUGAGGUUACUAUAUCCGUACAACUAAGCUCAAGUGUUCGAUGCAUGGUAGACGUAAUAGUAACAAUAAUGUACAAAUUACGCUUCGCUACAAAGUCACGUAGGUCAAAACGUUGAAACCAGGUAGACGAGAAACGAGAACCACGGAAUUGGUAAUCCAACCAACGGCGUCGACUUUCCACACUUUUUCUGGCUUUAAUUACAAACGAAGAACAGAAAUUACAAUUACUCCCGAUAAUCCGUUGUUGAGAGAUUCUUCGUUAGUUUUCUGCUACAGAUCCCUCACCGGUUCGCUCCGAAUUGCCGCGAGUUCGAACCCUUCGUCACGCAGAUACGAAUCCUCCUGUCAACUUUGCGUUACACACACCUUACCGCUCGUCGGAUUUACAUUUCGUCGCCACUCGAAUAAACACCGAAUUUUCAUUUUAUUUGGAGAGAAAAAACCAAAAAAAAAAAAUAACUUUUCGUUCGUUAGUCUCUGCGAGACCGGUUGAAAAGACGCACCGCGCAGGAUAAUGGGAGAAUCCGAUCAAGAUAAAUUCAUACUGGAGCAAAGGGAACGAUGCGACAGGUUGUUGAGUGAAACUAUCGAGCACGACGACCCAGAAAAAACGUUUUGCCCGACCGUUUUCGACGGACUACUUUGUUGGCCCCGUACGGCGGCUUCAUCAACGGCAACUGCACCUUGUCCACCGCCUUCGGUUAUCGGUUUCGAUAAUACCGCAAACGAUAUUGCUACAAAGUUGUGCCUCGACUCUGGGAAAUGGUUCACCAACGACAAAAAAAUUACAUGGAGUAAUUAUACACUCUGCACCGCAACGCGAACGCGUUACGUAACAGCCGUCACGAAUCUGGACUUGGAACUUGUUAAUUAUGACGGAACUGGAAAUUCAACUUUGCUGAAGAAAUGGCUACCAGUCAUCAAGACCGUCUCGCAGGUCGGAUACGCAUCCUCCUUCACGACACUCGUAAUCGCUUUUGUGAUAUUCUCAUUAAUCAGAAAACUGAGAAACCCGAGGAACAGACUCCACAUGCAUCUGUUCGUAUCUUUCAUCAUGAGAGCGUUCAUGGCGCUUCUAAAAGACUGGCUUUUUGUCGAUGGAAUUGGCCUUGCCUGGGACGUGAUUAUGGUCGAUGGAAAAAGCGCGUUCAUCAAGGAACACAACACGUGGAUCUGCAAGACGAUUACCAGUCUUUGGCAGUACUUCAUCGUGGCGAACUAUGCUUGGAUUCUCAUGGAGGGUCUCUACCUUCACAAUCUGGUUUUCUUAGCACUCUGCACCGAUACGACGGCCAUUACUUUGUACAUAUUCUUGGGAUGGGGAUUGCCGCUGAUGGUGGUCAUACCUUGGAUAGCGGUCAGGGCGACGAUGGAAGACACGUUGUGCUGGACAACGAAUAACAAUUCUUCACUUUUCCUCAUCAUUCGCAUUCCAAUAAUGAUAUCCAUAUUGUUCAAUUUUGUUCUCUUCGUCAAUAUCGUUAGAGUUCUUCUGGUCAAGUUGAAGACUUCCGUUUACCUUCAACGCAAGAAAAUGCGAUAUCGAAGAUGGGCGAAGUCAACACUGGUCCUGGUCCCACUGUUCGGAGCACAUUACACCCUCUUCUUAGGUCUUUCUUACCACAGGGAUAACAGGAUUGAAUUACUUUGGCUCUUCUGCGACCAACUUUUUGCGUCGUUUCAAGGGUGUUUCGUGGCUCUCUUGUAUUGCCUAUUAAACGGCGAAGUUCGAGCGGAAGUUAAAAGAACGUGGAAAACUCAAAGGUCACGCCGAGGUGGUGAUUCCCUGAGCUUGGCACAGCGUGACUUGCCUAAAGCCAUGAAUCUGAGGGCCACCUGCCAUCACCACCAGCAGAGAAACAACCCCGAACAUAACGUCAACAGCACUCGAGAUCUCUCCGUCCGAUAGUCGCUCGAAGUCUUCAUUUUCACCUUCUCAAUAUCAAAUAUACUCAAAUGAUCCAUGACACUAUAAAACUUGGAACGGGGAUCUUAUUCCUUCCAAGAACUGGGAACAUAUCGAUGUCACUUAAUGUAUUCAAUAUUUCAAGUUUCAAUAAAUGUGGCUUAUAAUUGAAAAAAAAAAUUGAACCAAUAUAACGGUAGACACAUCACGUCUA